AUGAACUCUAACAAUCCAUCAUGUGCACUCACCAACUUCACCGCAAUGGACAUCAACAAUGAACAGAUCAUCGCACUGUUCUCAUCAUGGAACAAUCCCAACGACAACAAAAUAUACGAUAUAUACGCCAACUUGACCUCGUUGAGGAUUGAGGUGAAGGAAGAGACUAGCUGCGACGAGGUGAUAUCCAUGCACCUGCUUGCGAUGACCCAUCUCAGAGAUUUCCGAAUCACACACCAUCCAUCAAUCUACACCUACUCGUCUUUUGAAGAUGCCCCACACGACGAAAUGGGUCUCACAAUCGGCGCACUGCUCAACUUGGAGUGUCCUCUGGAGCGACUCCAGCUCACAUAUCCCGAACUCAACACAUUCUCCAAGAUACUGCAGAACAAGGCGAACACACUGCGCCAGCUCAAUGUCUGGUGCUACAAUCUGCCAGACACUUUGGCUCUGUGUAAAUCACUCACAUCACUCACGAUGCGCAUCGCCAGUGUGAAGCCGGUCCAGAUCACGGAUAUUGUUGGUCAGAUGCCCAAUCUCACGCGACUGGACCUGAGCGAGUCAAGUCAUUUCUCCACACUUGAUGGCGCCAUGGACCAAAUGUGUCUAGAUCUUCUGAGGAUAUGCAAGCAAAUGACUCACUUUGGACUGCCUUCAUACCCCACCAACAAGGACUUUGUCCAGGCGAUCGCGAGGAUCAAGCGCAUCAAGUGGCUGAAGCUCAGCGCCAGCAUGUUCACCUCGACCAAACAGAAGCAAUACCUCUUCCCUCACCUCAAGAAACUGAAGAUCUUUGGCUCCAAAGAUCGCUACGCAAAGAACUUGACGUGCACUAUCGAUCCGGCGUCGGCCAUCACCUACCUCUCGUGUGCCCGCAUCUCUGACACAGUGGCCUGCGACCUAAAGGCCUUCAUCGCACAAUCCAAACAACUGCGGAAACUCAAGACCAUACUGAUACCAUCGAUCAUUGAGCCACUUAAACAAUGCGCAUCACUGGAUACCCUAACACUCUCAUUCUCCGCACGUCCAACAAACUAUUCACAACUGGACGACAAGUGGUGGGUGGAAAAAGUAGCCAUGGCAGCAUCAGCUAUUUUCCUGAUGGACUCAAAGGGCAAGGUACUGAUCUCACGUAACUAUCGUGGUGAUGUACCAAUGAGCGUUGCCUCAAAGUUUGUCUCAAAGAUACUCGAGGAAGAAGAUCUCAACCUGAAGCCUAUCAUCGAAGAAGAUGGUAUCUCAUACAUCUACGUCAAAUACAACAACUUGUUCUUGUUGGCAACUACUGAGAGGAAUGCCAAUGCCGCCACUAUUCUCUUGUUCUUAUACAAGAUGAUUGAGGUCUUUAAUGAAUACUUUAAGGAGCUUGAAGAGGAGAGCAUUAGGGAUAACUUUGUAUUGAUUUACGAAUUGAUGGACGAGAUGAUGGACUUUGGUUAUCCCCAAUCGACCGAACCCAAGAUCCUACAGGAAUACAUCACACAGGAGGGAUAUAAGCUUGACAGAGGCAUCAGAGGCCCAGCCCUGCCCGCUGCAAUCACUGGUGCCGUCUCAUGGAGAAAGGAAGGAAUCAAAUAUAAUAAGAACGAAGUCUUCUUGGAUGUCGUUGAGUCGAUCAACCUCUUGGUGUCUGCCAAUGGUACUCCACUGAGAUCAGAGAUUGUUGGUGCCAUCAAGAUGAAGUCCAAGCUGUCAGGUAUGCCAGAGCUUCGUCUUGGUCUCAAUGACAAGAUCCUGUUUGAGAACAGUGCAAAGACUGGCAACCCUAAAGGCAAGGGAGUGGAGCUGGAGGAUGUCAAGUUCCAUCAGUGUGUCAGACUGUCCAAGUUUGAGAACGACAGAACCAUUUCAUUCAUCCCACCAGAUGGAGAGUUUGAGUUGAUGUCCUAUCGUCUAAACACAUCGGUCAAGCCACUGAUCUGGAUCGAAUGCAUCAGCGACUCACAUGCACACUCAAGAGUAGAAUAUCUUGUCAAGGCCAAGUCUCAGUUCAAGGGAAAGUCUAUCGCCAACAACGUCCAGAUCAUCGUCCCAGUGCCACCCGAUGCAGAUACACCAAAGUUUAGAUGCACCAUGGGCAGCUGCAAGUAUGCACCAGAGAAGGAUGCCAUCAUUUGGAACAUUAAGCAGUUCCCAGGAGGUGGCAAGGAGUUCUUGAUGAGAGCGCACUUUGGUUUGCCAUCAAUCUCAAAUGAUGAAAAGCCAGCAACCAAACCACCUAUUAUGGUGCAGUUUGAGAUUCCAUACUACACAGUGUCUGGAAUCCAAGUCAGAUAUCUCAAGAUCAUCGAGAAGAGUGGCUACCAGGCACUUCCAUGGGUACGCUACGUGUGUCUGAGUGGCGACUAUCAAUUCAGGACAUCAUAG